AUGGCGCUUCUCGAGAGAGUCACUGACCAAGAGUUGUUAAAGUUGAAGGGGAAAACGGUCAUAAUCACCGGGGCGGCAAGUGGUAUUGGAAAGUCUGCAGCAUUGCUUGCUCAUGCUGCCGGCGCCAAUGUCGUAAUUGCGGAUUUGAGUGAGGAUACCGGAGAAGCAUUGAACGAGUUUAAAGAACGAAUACUCUACGUCAAAGCUGACGUAUCUUCAUGGUCCGAGGUCCUGAAUCUCUUCACCCAGGCAUGGGACCACUUCGGAUCCAUCGACGUCGUGCUUUCCAACGCUGGCACCCAUAAUUUCGAAACGAUACUGGAUGACGAAUUGGCCGAAAAUGGAACGCUUGCGCCUCCCAACUUGAAGAGCCUCGAAGUAAACCUGCACGCCGCUGUCUACUGCGCGAAGGCUGCGAUCUACUUCUUCAAGAAGCAGCCGGAGAAGAACUGUCAGUUGGUAUUUACGGGAUCUGCAGCAAGUAUUCUGGACACUCCGCCACUGUUCCUGUACUGCGCAGGCAAAGCCGGAGUCCUGGGGUUGAUGAGAGGGAUGAGAAAAGGACUGCCUUCAGACAAAAUUACGGUCAAUAUGGUCGCACCAUGGAUGACGGUGACGCCUAUGCUACCGGAUUGGGUUCGAGAGAAAUGGGGUGACUUACCCGCCAACGACGCAAGCGGAGUUGCGCGGGCUCUUCUGCUGCCCGCACUUCGGCCCGACUUGAACGGGAAGACACUUUGGGUAGCAGGAAAUGAUGUUAUUGAGAUUGAAGAUGCUCUUCAUGAUGCUCAGCCACAAUGGCUUGGUAGUCAGUUAUCUGCGAACGUCGAUGAGGGCCAGAGGCGGAUGGGCAUAUCCCCUGGAUGA